AAUGUAUUUUAUUCACUCAAAACUUGAUAAUUAUUAAGCUUAUAAUUUUUUUGUUAAGUAUAAUAUAAAUAAGUUUUUUUUUUUUUCAAAUUUUGCUUAAAAUUCAUUGUAAAAAUGUGUUUUUGAUAAUCAUUACAAUACCUAACGAUAUACCUACAUGAUUGACACAUUCUUCUAUCAUUGGCUUCGUAACGACACUUUAAUUGCUUAAGCGAUAAAUACUUUAAAAACAAGACUCAAUUCCUGGAAAAUUAAUUGUAUAUGACACAUUGCAGUCCACUAACAAUAAGGUACUUUAUGUUCUGACAGUAUUUUAAGAUGACAAUAAUACAUGUACUGGAACAGAGACGAGCAAUAUGACGUCUACCUUAAUGAAUUUGAAGUAAGAAACAUAUUCUUAACGAGUGUCAGAAGCGCAAAAAAAUAAAAACAUUUUUUUUCUAUUUCGCGUAGUUACAUUCAUUGCACGUGUCCAAUAAAAUGUCUUUACAAAAAUAUCGUUAAAUAGCGACCUCGACCUCAAUUUUACAGGCUAUCGAAGUACAAUUUUAUUGACUCCCAGUUGGCACUUUACGACGGUACUCGUAAUUCAACUAACAAUUUAUCACCCUUUCCUUUCUUUGCAGAUGGAUUGGCAGCAGUUUCCCCGAGCGUCCGCCACGAUGACGUAAAAUGCUGGCCCUCUUCAACGCCACCAUCCAAGAUGACGUCAUCUCCACCAUUGACCCGAAAAAUGCCACCAGUAUGAACGCCUCUCACGUCCCAGGAGUCUUAAUUCUCACAAAAACUCUCACCGGCGAUGUGUUCAACGUCAUAGAUGAACCUAAAGUCAACAAAACAACUGAUCUCAUAGACUUUAUAGUGGUCCAAGUAGCUUUCUGCAUCCUCUAUGCUAUCAUCUUCAUUUUAGGCGUAUUUGGAAAUGUUUUAGUAUGCUUCGUCGUGUUCAGAAACCGAGCUAUGCAGACGGUCACCAAUCUCUUCAUAACCAACCUGGCAUUGUCUGAUAUACUGCUAUGCAUUUUUGCGGUGCCUCUAACGCCAAUGUACACUUUCCUUGGACGGUGGGUUUUUGGAAGAUUACUCUGCCAUCUUAUGCCAUAUGCUCAAGGGACAAGCGUCUAUAUUUCCACGCUGACACUCACCUCAAUAGCAAUUGAUAGAUUCUUUGUCAUCAUAUAUCCUUUCCAUCCACGAAUGAAGCUAAAUACUUGUAUUUUCAUCAUAGUUUUCAUAUGGAUCUUCUCCUUAGUGGUCACAUGCCCAUAUGGCCUUUUCAUGGGUAUACAAAUAACGAAUAACAAGACUUACUGUGAAGAAAGCUGGCCCGCUGACAGAUCUAGAAAAAUCUUCGGAGUGUUUACAAGCGUGCUGCAGUUUGUCAUACCAUUUUUAGUCAUAGCCAUAUGUUAUACAUGCGUUAGUAUAAGAUUAAAUGACCGAGCCAGGUCCAAACCCGGUGCUAAAAACACCAAGAGAGAAGAAGCUGAUAGAGAUAGAAAAAAGAGAACUAACAGAAUGCUCAUUUCCAUGGUAGCUAUUUUUGGUAUUUCCUGGCUUCCUAUAAAUGUAAUCAAUAUAUUCAAUGACUUUUACGCGGCGAUGACAGAGUGGAACUAUUAUUAUAUGUCGUUCUUCCUUGCUCACUCAAUGGCGAUGGCUUCGACGUGCUAUAAUCCAUUUCUGUACGCUUGGCUGAACGAAAACUUUAGAAAAGAGUUCAAGCAAGUCUUACCUUUCUUUGAAUCUACUGGAGGAGUCAGAAACAGUUACCAUUCAGGUCGUAUGCCUACGCAUAAGUCGGAUAAAAUUUGCAAUGGCAACGAUACCAUUCAGGAGACCUUACUCGCUUCUUCAUUCAAUAGAGGACCAUCAUUAAAACAUCGCAUGUUGGAAGGGAAUGGUAGAAAGGACGGGGUCGAAAUAGAAAAUAUUAUACUAGAGGAUAAACCAAUCUCUGCUUCGUACAACACAAAGAACGAAAAUGUUAAUCUACAGUUAAUAGAUGAAGAGUCGCAGCUGAGUGAGCCUAGGGAUGGCAAAUCUGUUGUACUUUAAAUGAACUGAUCACAACGAGCAUUCAAACUUUCUUAAAUUACAUCGACUUAUGUUGUUAAAAUGUACGUAAUUUAUUAAAUUCUACAUAUAACUUAAGUGAUACAAGACGUCAUUUAACUUUUUUGGUAUGGAAAUGUGUAUUGUGAUAUAUGAAAGUAAGUAGGUACCUAUAAAAUUAGACAUAAACAAUGUUUACUUAUUAAUUAAAUAUAAAAUUAGCAUUACUAUAAAAUGAUAUAGGUAUGUAGUCGUCGUAUAGAAUAGAUAAAAAUGUUUGUAGCUGUAUAAUUCCAUAUUCAAAAUGUUUCGUGUAUGACUUAGAUUAUAAUAGUAAUAAUGGAAUGAAUGGAAAAUAUAUUAAGCGGGUAUGUUGAGCUUAGGCAUUAUCACAUGGCACCCACAAAAAAUCUCUUUGAAUUAUUGUGUCAUUCGUUAUUUUGUCAAGAUUUAUUAAUUCUUUUUCCUACUCCUCUACUGUUAUCUGUCAUUUAUGCAUUCAUUAACACGAAUAUAAGAACAUACAUAAAAGGUUUCAAGAAAAGUCUAUAUUGUCUAUUCCUGAUAACAGCACUUGUGCUUUUAUACGCUAUAACGUUACUGCGAUUAAUGGCUACCAACCUAACAAAACCAAAACGAAUACAGUUUUAAACUAAGUGCAUUGAUGCCAACUUACAAAAUAUUCAUUUGGUUGCAUAGUAAAAAUAAUUACUUCAUAAGUCAGAAACACGCAUGUGACACCCGUAAUAUAGCAACACCCAUAGACUACGAAGACCGAUUAGCGUUGCUUGUUAGUCUCCGUAGGCUACGGUGGCCAAAGUUGAGAAAAAACUGUCCAAAAAAUUAAUUUAGCAAGUAGCAAGUACUAUUGCAUAAAAUACUAUUAAAAAGCUAAAGCUUAACCGUACGUACGUUGUUUCGAAUAAUCUUAAUACAUUCACUGCCAACGUUUUCGUAGCGCUACACGCGUAGCCGAUUCUAGCGUUUCCCGCUUUGUAAAGGAAAGCGACUACGAACAGAGCGCCCGCCAAGCGGGUUCCCGGCACUCAAUGUGUUAAGGGUCAUACGAACAGCCGCCGCCUACAAACAUGAAAUUUGAUAACAACCUUCAAGUAACAUAAUACUUAUGUCUGAUACUAAUUUUAAUACAAUAAAAAUUGUAAUAAAUUGUACAGUCAGCAUCAAAAGAAGCGGAUGAAACAACGCGCCAAAAGUAUCUGAUAUUCCGGAUAACUUUUCCAAAUGUAGAUAAUUUUCUAAAAUUCGCGUUCAAAAAUAUAUCUUUUACAGUCUAAGUUGUUCUAUAUUAACAACACAACAACAACAACACUUUUUGUUAAGCUGUUACAGAAUGGUAGAUACUUAUGAAGCGUUAUUUGAUCCGCUACUUUUCAUGCUGACUGUACAUAUGUAAACAUGUUUCACUUUCCAGUUUUCAAAGAAUUCAAUUGGCACACUACUACUACAUAAUAUGUGUGCCAAUUGAAUUCUUUGUCGGGUGUUAAUGUAAUAUUAUGGUACCAUCGAGCUGAUCUGAUGAUGGAGACAGAAGGUAGCCAUUGUAGCUCUGUGAUAAAUCAACGCAACCUAAUUGUGUUUGGGGUUGUGAGAAUUGUGUCGAUGAGUAUUAGUUGCCUGUGGAAAGAAAAGUACAGUCAAUAAUAAAAGUUUGUAACAAAAAUGUAUUUAUCUCGAACUUGCUAUAAAAUGAUGACAUGACUUACGUCAAAUUAGGUCCGGAAAUACUACAUAUCAGGUGCGAUGAAUGAAGAUGAUAUGUAAAGGAAUUUCAUACUGCCUUACACACCUAGGACUGUAAAGCAACUUUCUUUUGUUUUUUAACGUCAAAUUGUGACACAACGUCUUGGCAUUCAACUAUCAACAAAUAUAGGUACGGUACGGUGAUUUGUUGUGCAUAUUCGUUGCUAAGCAACGGCGGUGGCGCAUCGCGCAGGCGCGCGGACCGCGCGUAAAGUUGUACACCGCUGGUAGAGUGGCGAGCCGAGUAGGUCGCCACAAAACAAAUUGACUACAUUUUUGUUUCAAUUGCAAGUUUGAGAAAAGCUCUAUACAAAUCUCGGCGAGAAACGGAGUUGCCGGCCGCGUAUCUCUAUCCGGCUUCGCUACGCUCAGCCGUCUAUAUCUACUUGGCCUGCAACCCUACGUUUCCCGGCCUCUAUAGUAAUGUACUAUUGUUACAAAAGCUUAUUCUUUGUAUCUGUAAUCAUUUUUAGCAACGAAAACUAGUACAAAGACAUACAUACAUGUCACGUAAAAGUUCAUGUUAUUUUAGAAUGAGAGUAACUUCGUUUUAGGAGCAGCUUUUUGGCGGCAGGUUCAAAUGACUCUUAAAGUCAAACCUAAAACCAACUUAAGUUUAAAACAGGCCUUUUUUCUUGUAAUUUAUAAAGUACUGGUUGAAUAAAUGGAACUCAUUGAAGACACAAAACAAGCCAAAAAUGAUGUCUUAUUUCGUGUGUCUACUUUUCAGAUGUUUGAUCUUGACAAAAAAUAUAAUAGUUGAUUGGUUUUGUAAUUUAUAUUCAAGCUCUGCAAUCUCUACUUUAAAUAAAAAGAUGUAGAUUAACGCUUCAUAAAAACUAAGAAAACAUAUUCAUUAACAACAUGUAAUUAGUGAAUACAGGAUGACUCACGAGAGUCACGGUACAACCGGUCCGUGUUCGGUCUGAGCCGUCCAUCACUUUGUUUUCUAUAAAAGUCAUCUUUAUAAACGUAGCCACGGCCCUAAAUUGUUGAGCUAUUUAGUUCACUUUGCAUCGGAAAUAAUAUAUCAUAGCGUUAGCACAUGACAACAAAAUUAGCUUGGACCUUUAACCGUAGAUAGUCAACAAUUAAAGAUCGUGACCGUACAGUUUAUUCAGCUGUAAAAUUACUUACUGUAUAAAAAUGUAGUUUAUUAUCACGUUUAUUAAUACUAGUCAGACUCAGAUGUUAAUCCUAGAUAUUGUAAAUAUUUCCCAUAAGCAAGUAUCCAGAAGGCCUAUUUCACAAAUUAAUUCAUAAUUCCUUUAUUUAUAUAUUGUGCAUUUAUUUAUAUAAAUGGCUAGUAUUAACGUAACAGUACAUUACGAUACAAGUGCGAAAAAUAGAAAAUCCUCAACGAGUGGCGAUAAAUUAAAACAUGUAUUCGCACAUGUAUCGUUCAAAGUUUUAGAGUAAAUAUGACCCUUUAAAAUGUAUCGUACUAGUGCGGUAAAGUAGCACCAUAUGUACCGUAAAAUAAAUUUAUAACGGUUUAAUUAUUAAUGUAUUUGAUGUGUUUUUAGAUUGAUGUUUUUAAACGAACGUUUGAGCCCAAAUUUCAAACUUAAUUACGCAAAUUAUCUUAAGAGGGACUUUCUCUCAACUGUGCCCGACAUCGGAAUUGGAUUAUUAAUUGAAAAUUAGCUAAUUAAAGUUAAUGGAAUUAUUAAAUGUACGGCUGUGCUCUGACGGCUGCGGGGUUUCUAGUGAAUUAACUACAAAUACAUAUUUUGAAUUUUUAUAUUAAGCUUUUUAGAGUCAUCAUCAGACCCCGCAACGGAUCUGGCAAAACCGUGGCAUAUGACAGUUUUAUUUUAGGGUUGGUGAUUAUGAUGAGCCAUUUUCCUUAAACUUAAUUUGUAAGAUUAAUAACAUUGAACGAAAACCUUAUUGAGCCUCUUCUGAUAUAGCCUGGUUUAAUAUGAUAUCAAAGAAAACAUAUCUUAUGAAAUCACGUUUUUCGUUAGGUAUUUCUUUCGAAUAUUAAUAUGGAAUUUUUAUUGGUUGAAAAUAUUGGCGUGUUUCAAAACAAAUAAGAAAAUAUUUUUUGUACUAUAAUUUAUUCGUAGUAAUGACAAGCCUGAUGUGUCAUUUGCCAUACAUUUGCUAGUUCAGUUGCGGGGUAUGGUCAUCAUACAUUUUUGACACGUGUAAUUUUCAUAGCCGUCUGUAAUCAAUAUUAAUCUCUAUCUCUCUCUCUCCGAAUCUCUCUUUCUCUCUCCAUCUCUCUCUUUCUCUCUCACUCUCUCUUUCAUAUUUGUAAUACCAUUGGCAAUCCGUUAUCCUUUGUAGAAGAGGUUCUUCCCCUUUAUCAAUUUUUCCAGCUGCAAUGACCUUAAUGUACGCAGUCAGCUAAACUAUUAGCUUACAAAUGCAGCAAAGAGGCUAUGUUAAUAAUAGUCUUAAUGACUACGUCUUUAAACAACUGCAGUUAAAAAAUCUUUUUAUUCCUCUGCACUCAAUUAUUAUUAGAAACUUUCUUCCUUAUUAUAUAUAUUUUUUACUUCACAUUCACUAACAUUAAUAUUGAAUUUGACUGUUUCAAAUAAAAAUCUAAUUUCGUACCUAUAAUGGAGGCCAUAAAGUUAAGAGAUAGUUCCCAUCUAGGUGUCCAUAGGCUACGGUGACUGCUUAUCAUCAGGCGGGCCGUAUGCUUGUUUACCACCGAAGUGGUAAUAAAAAAUCUAAAAAAAAAAUCUUUAUAUGCAUAGAAGAACUUGUAAAUAUAUAAAAAUAUAUGUUUUAAUCGGAUUUGACAAACCUAUGCACGUAAAGAAUAAAACGUUUGAAAUUUUGUGUUUGUUACAAAACAUCAAUCAGGUGUGUAACUAGUUGUAUUUGUUAUGUAUAAAAUAAAAUUUAUGCUAAAUUGAUUGUUAUGUGAUUUAACGAAUAUAAAUGUACAUACAUAGUUUUCCAAACAUCUUGUAGUAGAAAAUAGUUUAUUGUAUAGUUUAUAUGUUCGUUGUUGUACAAAAAUGAUUGAUGAUUAAAUGAAGCUGAAUGUUUUG